AUAGACGGAAGACAAAGGCAACCGGAAAUCGGACUCCAUAGUUUUCGUCAAAUGGUUGAUUUGUAUUCAAGCGAAAUGGUUUGUUUUCUUCAACCGUUAACUUUUCUAUUUUCAAACUUUACUCGGUUGUUUCUGUGAAGACGUUUAGUGGAUCUUCAUUAUUACUUUAAAACAUGUUUCUUGUACCAGAAAUAGUCGUUACUAAGACCUGGCGAAGCGAUAACAGCCUGUAUUCCUACGUUAGCUGGUUAUUUCAAGCAAAAGCAGCGCAGACCAAGUUUUAAAUGACACAAAGCGCGUCUGCAUCUACGUAUUUACUCUGUGCAUUCCGUCCGCACGCGUUUGGACUGCUCGAAUUGCCUUCGAAAGCGCUUUUCCACGAUAUUUAUUUACAUGUGGUCAUUGCCGGCAGAAGACAAGACUAGUUUAGCUCACCGGCUAACUCCGCUAAGCUAACGAGCAGCCGAUUCAGACAUGGAGGUCCACGUCUCGAGCCUUUUCCCGGAGAUCUUAGCGAUGAUUUUCAACUACCUGGACGUGAAAGGCAAAGGGAGAGUCGCGCAAGUGUGCACGGCGUGGAGAGACGCAUCGUACCACAAGUCCGUCUGGAGGGGAGUGGAAGCAAAACUCCAUCUGAGAAGAGCAAACCCAUCACUCUUCCCCAGUCUCCAGACCAGAGGGAUCAAAAAAGUGCAGAUCCUCAGCCUGAGACGCAGCCUCAGUUAUGUGAUCCAAGGGAUGCCGAACAUAGAAAGCCUUAACUUGAGUGGAUGCUACAAUUUAACAGAUAACGGUCUCGGUCAUGCUUUUGUGCAGGACAUCAGCUCUUUGCGAAUACUCAACCUCAGCCUUUGCAAACAGAUCACCGAUUCCAGUUUGGGCAGGAUCGCGCAGUAUCUGAAAAACCUGGAACUGUUGGAUCUCGGUGGGUGUAGUAAUAUCACCAAUACGGGACUGUUGCUCGUCGCCUGGGGCCUCCACAAACUCAAAAGCCUGAACCUGAGGAGCUGCAGGCACGUGUCCGAUGUUGGCAUCGGGCACCUGGCUGGCAUGACCCGCAGCGCCGCGGAGGGCUGCCUCAGCUUGGAGCAUCUGACUCUGCAGGACUGUCAGAAAUUGACGGAUCUGUCGCUUAAGCACAUCUCCAAGGGCUUAAACCAGCUGAAAGUCCUGAACCUAAGCUUUUGUGGCGGCAUCUCAGAUGCAGGGAUGAUCCAUCUGUCGCACAUGACCCAGCUGUGGACUCUGAACCUGCGGUCGUGCGAUAACAUCAGCGACACGGGCAUCAUGCAUCUUUCGAUGGGCACUUUGAGGCUGUACGGGCUGGAUGUGUCGUUUUGCGAUAAAGUGGGCGACCAGAGCCUGGCUUAUAUCGCCCAGGGUCUCUAUCAGCUCAAGUCCCUGUCGCUUUGCUCGUGCCACAUCAGCGACGACGGCAUCAACAGGAUGGUCAGGCAGAUGCACGAGCUGAAGACUUUGAACAUUGGCCAGUGCGUGCGGAUCACCGACAAGGGACUCGAGCUCAUAGCUGAUCAUUUGACUCAGCUGACCGGGAUCGACCUGUACGGCUGUACCAAAAUCACAAAGAGGGGACUGGAGCGGAUAACCCAGCUCCCCUGCCUUAAGGUGUUGAACCUGGGACUUUGGCAAAUGACAGAGGUGAAGGGGUUAGGCGACGCCUCUGAGAUAUUGCCAUGCUACACCUCUUAAUGUUUUCUCUACCUCAGUGUUGCCAGCAUUGUCUUCUUUUUUCUAGAGACAUGUAUUAGACAAGGUAUUUAAGAUGCACAGUCUCAUGUACUUUGUUAUUAACGCCUGCAGAAGAGGCUUUACGUAGUUCAAAUUGAAUCAGCAAUAAAAAAAACACUGAACAGCCUUCUUAACUGUAGAGUCUAUAAUGUUGAAUUCCUUUUGAAUGCCUUUUCUGUACUUUGUUUUAGAGCUUCAUAUUGAGGUGAGAUGUUCUAAAAUUUGCUUUAUUCUUAUUUCCACGAAAACACAUUUUGUCACUGCAACUUAAGUAUUUAUCCUAAAAGACCAGCAUUUACUAUAAUUUGGAGAAAAAACGUUUACUUUGUUUCUGGGCAAGGAAAAAACGUGCUUGUUCAUUUUAUGUUAACAUGGAACAUAUGCAACUUUGUUUAAAAAAAAUCAAAAUGUUAGUUUAUUUUCCUAUAAUAAAUGAUUAAAGUUAAAAUUGCUUCUAACGAAACUUGUUUAUUCCUGUUAUUGUGAAAUAAGCAUGAAUAUUGCACACAAGCAGAUGUUUUU